GUGCAUUUAGCCACGCUUACUUACAGUUAAACGAAAAGUCUUGCUGUGCGCAUACAAACUGUAUUUUUUUGGGCUUUCGACCGACUUUCUUGGUUGAACGAUGAAUGUACAACGUCUUCGCGCACUAGUUCGUCUAGUGCUUUUAUUCUACUUCAGCGUUGUGGCUAACGGCGCUUCAUCGACACUUUCCGAAGCCACGAAUGACGUUAGUAAAUCAGUUGAUACAACAAGAACAACAACUACUUGUCAUGAUGACAUAUGUGACUGUGAUUUUGGUCUACAAUGUACAUUAGGCGCUGAAAGCGAUACUGUCUUAUUUAAUGUGUAUCCAAGUGCUGCCGCCACACUAGAGUGCGUCUCUGAUCAGAUGAAUGCUAGAUUGGUGAUUGAGCAAAAACCAAAAGCAAAUAUACACGCGAAUUCAAUUUUUCUGAUGAAAAACUGCACGCGUAUUAAGACGUUACUAAAGCGCCCAAAUGUUAUGUACUAUAUAAAUAUAAAAGAAGACAGUAUACUAACAGAAGAUUUCUUCCAACCCUGGCAUGGUAUACACAGCAUAAUAAAUAUACAGAUGAGCAGUGAACGGGUAUUGCCAGCAAAACUGUUUCAUAAACUCAAAAAUUUGCGUACCUUAACUAUUUUCACGACACCAGAGUCGACGCCUACACGCAAAGCAUACAUAUUGCCGUCGCAUAUUUUCGAAACACUUGUUGAUUUGGAAACACUAGCUUUUGAUUUCACACAAACGGCAAAUGCGCGUGUGACGCUGCAGAAUCUGACUACCGCGCACUUUAGAAACUUAACCGCCUUGAAACAUCUCAAGUUGGUUGAGACGCGCGUGGGUGCGCUACCCGCGGAUAUCUUCUCAACACUCACGCAAUUAGAAUACUUGAACUUGCGCGCCAAUAAUUUGCAAGUGUUGCCAUCCAAAUUGUUAGACGCGCAGCGCAAACUGUUAAUAUUGGAUCUGAGUGAGAAUGUGUUGGAACAUUUACCGGCUGAGCUGCUGAAGCAUACGACGGCGCUAUAUCAGCUCAGAUUGCGUGACAACCGCUUGCACAGCGUUACCAAUAUUAUAGAAAACAUACGCGCUUUGCCGUAUUUACAUAAAUUGGACUUGUGCUCCAAUAGCUUGGAGAGCGUUAGAGGUACUGGAGCUUAUGCGAAUGAGACGCUGAUGAGCGGUUUCAAGCACAAAGCCAAACUUUCAGCGCGCAUGCUGGAGAAAAUUUCCACCAUUUUGGGUGAUAAUGUUGAACAGGAAGAAAACACAAAGACGCACUUGGAUGUAAGCCGCAAUCGCAUCGGCGCUUUUGAUAUGUCUUGGUUUGAUGGUGCGCCAUUUUAUCUAAACAUUUCAGAUAAUAAUAUCAGUAAUAUAUAUGCGUUAAAGCCCCUACUACAAAAGGAUAGCAACUGCCGCGGCCAAAUCGAUAUAGUUGGCAAUCCUUUGGUGUGCGAUUGUAAAUUGGCUUGGGCGUACAACAACAGCUGCAUUGCAAAUCUAGAUAGUGUUCUAUGCAACAAUACAGUGCCUACAAAUAGUUAUGGACGUCUUAAUUAUAUGCACGAAGAUGACUUGUGCGCUUGGCCACACGCUAUGUGUCCGCACAAGUGUGUUUGUACCGCGCGCGCCACAUCGUUGCAGAUCACUUGCGCUGGCGCAAAUAUGAGCGCGCUGCCGCAUCUACCGCGUCCCGAGCAAGUUGCGCUCCAUACCACUGAACUCGACAUAAGCCGCAAUCGUUUUCGCACUUUGCCGACGCUCAACACGUUCGGCUAUGCUAAUGUCACACAUUUGAAUGUCUCUCAUAAUGAAAUCAGCGAGCUCGACGUUGCGCAACUGCCGCCGCACUUGGCGCUGCUCGAUGUGCGUCAUAACAAUUUGACGCACUUGAGCUACGACUUUCUUAAUGCCUACAUACUGCGUAGUGAGGCACCGCUUCAGUUGUAUCUCGCGCAUAAUCCUUGACAGUGCGAUUGCAAAGGCUCGCAGUUGGUGCGCGCAGUCUACAUUUAUCAGAGACGCAUUCUUGAUGGCGCGCAGCUGUUUUGCGCGAAUCGCAAAAAUGUUAGAAUCGUAGAAGUAGAUUGGCGCGAUCUUUGUGUGUCACAACUAGAGGGUUCAGCAGAGGAUUGAGAGAGUUUUUGAACUCACGCCGGAAUUAAUUUUAUCGAACAGGAAAAUAAAAUAAAAAUAAAUCUUAACACAUUAAGUCAGUAAAAUUGUGAAUAAACUAUUUUUUCCGGCAAAAAGUGUUUUAUUUCACAGCGGUAUCUCCACAUAGAUCACUCCUUAUGAUGAAAAUCGAACACAAUUUUGUAACUCUGGUCUAUAUCUUUACAGUAUAUGUCUACCACGUUCCGCAUGAAGACAAGGUAGAUCCAUUAAUACCUAAAAAGGUUUAGAGACUUCAUAUUUAGAUAAAGAACGUCUUUUCACCAGUUUAUGUUAACUAUUUAAUCUUUAUGCAGCUCUAACUGAGUGUUAAGGGUUAUUAAAGUAUGUAUUCAGUGAUGAUCUUGAGCCUGUAUGUGUUAUUGAGAGAGAACUAAUAAUCUGUUUGGAGAUUAAUUAUGACUAGAGUCAGCACAGCUUGUAUCUCGGUCUGAAGAAUCUUUAACAAUCAAGGAAAGUCAUAUGUUUCUGGCUGUCUCCCUAGUAAAUAAUAUGUAAAGGAUCCCAUUAUUGAAGGGUCAGAGUAGAUUAAUAUUACAUUUAAAUUGUAGUUCAUAAUUUUCCCUUUUAUGCAUGAUUUUAGAUCGAUAUUUUUAGAGUUGUAUGUCUCUUUUACAGUUGAGAAGUAAUGAAACACAAUAUGAAUAGCUGAAGUAGUCUACUUGGAGAAGUCUCUCUGGUUC